CAAGUUGUUUAGUUUUGAAUAUUAUUAUUAGGAUAAAAAAAAUCAAGAUGAGUUUUUUAUUAAAAUUUUGUGUUAUUUUCUUUAUUUUAUCCUUUUGUAAUUGUGCCACUAAAACACGUCAACGAAAUCGACAGAGUGGAUCAAAUAGUGGAGAUAGAGCUCGCAGAACGCGAACAUGUAGUCCACCAAAACUAUUGAAUGGCAUUGUUACCCCACUCUAUAAAGGAAAAAUGAUGCGUUUUGAUUGCAAUAAAGGAUAUUAUCGAUUAGGUGAACGAUACUCGGAAUGUACUAAUGGACGUUGGUCCCUUUACUCUUUUCCCAUCUGCAUAAAGAGCGGAUGUCCAACAAUGUCUAGAGUAGAUAAUGGCAAAAUAACAUAUAUGAAUGCGAAAGCAUCGGCAAUGCUAUUUUGUGAACCGAAUUUUGAAAUUGUCGGAAGUAAUUUUGCUCAUUGCAAUGGAACAAAUUGGGAUCGAGUCAUCGGAACGUGCAAGGAAACAGAUAAUCUGCCACCGACAUCGUGUGAUUUUGAAAGUGAAAGCAUUUGUGGAUGGGAACAUGACAUAUCCCAUGAUUUAGAUUUCGAACGUCGAAAUGGUUAUAACAAUAAAACAAUAUCAAUUCUUACCGGGCCAUCAGUGGAUCAUACAAUAGGAAUGCCAUUUCAAGGACACUAUAUGGUCAUAAAUACGAACACGGAAGUAUUUACCAAGAAAGCUCGUCUUGUAUCGCCAUUGUAUCGUUUAAAUGCAGAAAAGCUGUGCUUCCAACUAUACUAUUACAUGUAUGGAAUUAGUGUUGGAACAUUAAAAGUUUAUGCUAAACCCGAAAGCGUGGAUUUGCAAGAUGUCCUGAUUGAGGAUAUGGAAACAGAAGCAAAAAAUGAUUAUGUCAUAUUUGAGAUAAAAGAUUCUCAAGGGAACUCGUGGCAUAAAGGAAGUGGAAUGAUAAAAAAUUUCAACGAGAGCUUCCAGAUUAUUAUUGAAGCUAUCAGCGGACAAACUCGUUUAUCAGAUAUUGCAAUUGAUGAUGUAUCAAUACUAACAGAUGAAGAUUGUGAUGAAGUCACAAUUGAUGGUGAAGAUAAUGAAACAGAUGCAAAGGAAAGUGACACAAAAGAUGAUAGCGAGGAUAAUGGCGAUGGCAUAUUUUCAAUAGAUUCAUGUGUCAAUCGAUGCUUCGAAGAUUCCAAUUCAACAGUGCAUUUAAAUGCAAAUAGAAGCUUAAGCUGCAGUUGCUCGCGUGAUUGCAAUCCAAAAGCAACAUGCUGUCCUGAUUUUUUGGAUGUUUGCAUAAAAGAUGAUUCAUCGUUGGGAGAAACGACACCGGAAACUACGGUUAAUGCUACAUCAACAACAGUAUUUAUAAAUAGAAUAAUCAGCACUAUAACUUCACCGAAAUCCAAUACCACAAGUUCGUCAUCGACCAUUGAAUCAACUCGAAUUUCCCUCUCGUCGACUACUACUUCUUCUUCUCCUACUACUUCCGUUACCACAACAUCCACAAAACCAAUGAGCACGACAUUGAAACCUACAAUUUCAUCAUCAACAUUUAAAUCAACGACUUUAAUGCCUCCAACAAUGACAUUCAGAACAACACAGAAAUCUUCUUCAACAUCAAAGGCUUUCUCCAUUCCACAAAUUCCACAACAAUCUAAUGACACAGUGGAGAAUGAAAAUGAUGAAAUGCAAAGCAGAACAGUAAAAACUGACUUUGAAGAGGUCUUACAGAAUACAAAUGAUGAAAUAGAGGACGAACAUGAAAUGAUGCCUGACGAAGAGGAAAUAAUUAUGCCAACAUCUGAAAAAAUGCAUGCAGUAAAAACGAACGUAAAUCUAUCAUUUAUCAUCACCACAGUUAUAAUUGCUGUAUCAAGUACAGUCCUCGGCAGUAUUGCAAUUUUUAUUGGAAUUAAGCAGUAUAAAAAAUCUACAAACCCACUGAACUACAAAGAAAAAAGUGAAAAUGGAACGAAACGAGCAGAUGAAGAGUUUAGCGAAAUACGAUAUUUGACAUCCGAUGAAGAAGCAUUGGAUUUUACGCUCGCAUCUCCCACCAGUGUUACUGAUUUAUGAGAACAGGGUGAAACAGUAAAAAAUCUCCUAAGCUUCAUAUUUCUUCAUCCAAAUUGAUUAAUGAAAUGUUUAUCAUACCUUUUUCUAAAUUUACUUUCGACACAAAGCUUCUUCAGAUCAUUUUUCAUAGACUCAAAAAAGUAACAGGCAUAUUCAUAAAGUUAAAAGAAAUUGUUUUGAUAUUUGAAUACAGAAAUAAUUUAAAAUUAA